GAGAGAGGGGGGGGGGGGGGUAGAUCGGUGUGUUGAUUAUCCAUUAUCAGAGUUUAUUGCCCUCUUUUCAAGUAAGUGAUGUGAGAAAACAUUGCGGGAUUGCGACAAAUGAGGAAUGAGUAAACAAUGUUUCGCAGAAUGGGGAACACGGCUGUCUGUGCAUGACAGCACAAACAAAACCUAUAGGUAUUGUCACUCUAGUGUGAAGAAAUGUCACACUCCUGGUUAGCAGGGGGUGAAAGAAGCUUCUGGUAGUGUUACAGUUCAUAUGAUAGGAGGAAGUACUCACAUACUGAAAAUAGGCUGAGCUGAAGUGCAAACACAUCUUACAGAGACCAAAAGUCAGUGAGCAUUCAUCUGCGUGACAAGGAUCUCUAGUCUCACGUGUUGUGGUGGCAUUGCUCUGACUCUGUAGUGGAUUAUUUCUGACUGAAUCAUGUCAGACAGUAUACUGGAGGAAAUCUUCAUUAAACGAUCUCAGCAGAAGAAAAAGACGUCCCCUUUGAACUACAAGGAGAGGUGGUUUGUUCUCACCCAGGAAAAAAUAGCCUACUAUGAUUUUGAUCCUGACAAAGGGAAGCGAAAAGGUUUGAGAGGAUCAGUUGACCUUGAGAAGAUCAAGUGUGUAGAGACGGUCCAGCCGGAGCCCAAUUCCCCGCUCGAGCGCAUGUAUGCUUUCCAGAUCAUUUACGAUGAAGGGCCUUUGUACAUCUUUGCAAAGACUGAAGAUAUUCGCGCUCAUUGGAUAAAGAAGCUGAAAGAAAUGGUGCGCUUCAACAAGGAUCUGAUGCAGAAAUACCAUCCUUGCUUCUGGGUCGACGGGGUGUGGCUGUGCUGUCAUCAGGAAGUCAAACAAGCUAUGGGUUGCAAGGUGCUGGACAGUAAGAAUGGUUUUACAUCCAAACCAUCUCGGCGAAGGGGAUCCAGGAAACCUCUUCCUCCUACCCCAACAGAGGAGAAGCCUGGUCGACCUUUACCUCCCCAGCCUCUUGGGCCACCUGCCCUCUCUGCAAGCCUGACUGUCGUAGCUGAGUAUAACUACACACCCAUGACAGAACAAGACCUGGAGCUGAGGAAGGAUGAGGAGUACACCAUCCUUGAGAUGUCUGACACAAACUGGUGGAGAGCCCGAGACGCAUACGGCAAAGAAGGAUACAUACCUAGUAAUUAUGUUGUGGAAGCAGAAACUGGGCUAGAAAGAUAUGACUGGUAUUGCAAGAAUAUGAACCGUAGCCAGGCAGAAAAGCUGUUAAAGACUGAGAACAAAGAUGGAGGCUUCUUGGUCCGGGACUCAAGCAAGGCCGGGAAAUACACGGUGUCUUUGUUCAGUAAGGGCGGCGGGGAAACAGGUGGAAGCUGCAGACAUUACAACAUCUGCACCACGCCACAGGGCCAGUUUUAUCUUGCAGAGAAGCAUAAUUUCAGCAACAUCCCAGAGCUCAUCAUCUACCACCAGCACAAUUCAGCAGGUAUGGUUAGCAGGCUGAAAUACAUUGUAACCAACCGGACGCGGCCUCCAUCAACAGCAGGGCUUGGCUAUGGCGUGUGGGAGAUUGACCCUCAUUACCUGACCUUCAUCAAAGAGCUGGGCACCGGUCAGUUCGGCGUGGUGAAGUACGGGAAGUGGCAGGGCCAGCACGACGUGGCCAUUAAGAUGAUUAAAGAGGGCUCCAUGUCUGAAGAUGAUUUCAUAGAAGAGGCCAAAACCAUGAUGAAGCUUCGCCAUGAGAACCUGGUCCAGCUGUAUGGCGUCUGCACCAAACAGAGACCCAUUUACAUAGUGACCGAGUUCCUUUCGAAUGGCUGCCUGCUGAGUUACCUCAGGGAGGGCCUGAAGCAGCACCCGACAGCCGUCCAGCUCCUAGAGAUGUGUAAAGACGUCUCUGAGGGCAUGGCCUAUCUUGAGUCAAAGCAGUACAUCCACAGAGACCUGGCUGCCAGGAACUGUUUGGUAGACGGCAAUGGCACUGUCAAAGUGACUGACUUUGGACUGUCAAGGUACGUCUUAGACGACGAGUACACAAGCUCGGCAGGUUCCAAGUUCCCCGUCCGCUGGUCGCCUCCUGAGGUCCUCCUCUACUGCAAAUUCAGCAGCAAGUCGGAUAUCUGGGCAUACGGGGUGCUCAUGUGGGAGGUCUACACUUUGGGGCGGCUUCCAUACGAACGCCUAAACAACACAGAAAUCGUGGAUCAGGUGUCCCGAGGCCUGCGGCUCUUCCGCCCCCAGCUGGCCAACGAAAGGGUCUACAGCAUUAUGUCAAGCUGCUGGAUUGAUAAAGCAGAUGAGCGGCCCACCUUUCAAGAGCUGGCACUGUCUGUUCAAGAUUUGCUGUACGAGCUCCAGUAGAUCUCAAAAUAAUCAACACGCACACAAACACACGCACACACACACACACACGCGCACACACACACACAAACACACGCA